UCCGCACAACACCCGAUGCAGCGGAGACCCACAGAGCAGACACUAGAAGGUCAUGCUUGCGGCAAGCACUCGUGCCGCCGUGCAAGAUUGUCAGGAUGGACAUCACGCUCUUGACGUCAAAAAGGAGCUGCUCCGUGCUCGAUUUCAGGCCGGCAUGGCCGAGGCUAGAGACUCUGAUCAUUCUGUCCGCUAUGCUUCAGGAUGGCAUGCAGCGUGAUGGAAGCCGCCAGAGGGGCCUCCGUCCUGCUCGUACUAUCACACGACGAAGUCAAAGCGAACCCACAUGCCAAGCAUUCUGGGACAGGCUCGCUCGGCAACAGGACUUGCCCUCGCGGCUGAAUGGAAGGGGCAGACUGCGCGCAUCGGCCCGUUCUCAUCUGCCCUUCGAGCACAGAUUGCAGACCAAGCCUGCUCAGAGGCUUGUGACGCUGAUUCGCUCGAAGCCUUUGUCGAGAACUUCCGGCGGAAUAAAGUCUCCAAUGCUUGCCAUUGCGGUGACCCUGGGGUUUUCAUCAGCAAUAGCGACCCACCGGAUUGCGCCCGGGUCAGUCGCACUUGUGGGUUGCGAGAUACUGACCAAGGCUACGUGUCGCCUCUAGAGAGCUGAGCGUGCGGGCGAAAUCCCUAACAAAGCUCUCAAAGUCCCAGUCCAUUCGACCUCUCGCCAGCAACCUCGCCUGACAUCCACCGACCCGCCAGCCAUGCAUCUCCUCAAGCUCGCCUACGUAGCCAUGCCGCUCAUCGUCUUUGCCCCUCUCGGCCAGGCCAUCGCGUCUGCUGAGUCCGUCGCGGGGAUGCGCAGGAAUGAG